GAGAGAGAGAGAAAGAGAAGAAGAAGAAAGAAAGAAGAAUGAGAAGACGAAAGAGAAAACAAGAUCUUAAGACAGAGAGAUAAUAAUGGAAACAGCUGUUAUUGUCUGAGGCUAAAACAUCAUCUUCUUCUCCUUCUUCCUUCAAUUCUAGAUUUUGGUGUUCCGAUGGAUAAACGUUCGGAUUCGAUGAAUCAGGUGGCUGAAGAGAUCAUGAGAAUCCACAGAUCUUUGCCGUCUAGACCAGAGAUCGACGACGUCGAAGCCGCGGCUUCUCUGAUACAGAACGUCGACAAGGACGAUCAGGCUCGCCUUGACGCCAUUGACAGACAGGUCAAAGCCUCCGAUGUUCCUCGGGAGCUUUUCGACGUGUUGCAGGAGAUGAGGAGAGGUCUCGUUCGUUUCCAGAGCAAAGAACAGAAGAGAGACGCCGCCAAGGUUCUCGAUCUCGAGUCUGCACACGUUGUGUUCGACGAAUUGAUUCAGAGAGCUUCCAAUUGCAUUGCUUCUCCUCCUCCUUCCUCCAAUGUUAAGGAGCCAGCUCCAGUGGUUGUUUCUCCGGCGAGUUUGUAUUAUUCCGAUAAGGCUCCUGUCAAGUCCAAGGAGAUGUUCACGCGCGACGAUACGUUUGUGACCAAGGUCAAGUCUUCGCUAUAUAGCGACGGUUUGUUAGCUCCUCGCAAGCCUCAGGCUUUGGAUUCUACACUCGAGGCUAAGAAACUCAACGGUGAUGGGGAGAAGCUGAGUCUCAUAAAGCUUGCUACUUUGAUUGAAGUGUCGGCCAAGAAAGGUACUCAGGAGCUGAAUCUGCAGCACAAGCUGAUGGAUCAGCUCGAAUGGCUUCCAGAUUCUAUAGGCAAGUUAUUGAGUCUAGUUAGGCUAGAUCUGUCUGAGAAUUGCAUCAUGGCAUUACCAGAAACCAUAGGAGGUAUGUUAUCAUUGACGACGCUUGAUUUGUAUUCGAAUAGAAUCAGUCAGCUCCCUGAGUCUAUAGGAGAUUUGCUGAACUUGGUCAACCUGAAUCUUAGUGGAAACCAGUUGAAGUCUCUUCCAUCAUCGUUGAGUAGAUUGGUAAAUCUAGAGGAGCUUGAUUUGAGCUCUAACGGCCUCUCUGUUCUCCCUGAAUCCAUCGGUUCUCUAGUGUCUCUCAAGAAGCUCGAUGUUGAAACAAACAAUAUCGAAGAGAUUCCGCAUAGUAUCUCAGGCUGUUCUUCCUUGAAAGAGCUCCGUGCGGAUUACAACAGGCUUAAAGCUCUUCCGGGAGCUGUUGGGAAGAUAACUACCUUGGAGAUUCUGUCUGUUCGUUACAAUAACAUUCGGCAGUUGCCUACGACAAUGUCCUCCAUGGCUAACCUCAAAGAGCUGGAUGUGAGUUUCAACGAGCUUGAGUCAGUGCCUGACAGCUUAUGUUAUGCUACAACGCUUGUUAAGCUUAACAUUGGGAACAAUUUUGCCAACCUGAGGUCACUCCCGGGGUUAAUAGGCAACCUGGAGAAGCUGGAAGAGCUUGAUAUGAGCAAUAACCAGAUCCGUUACCUUCCUUUCUCUUUCAAAGCGCUUUCACAGCUGCGUGUUCUUAACACAGAGCAAAAUCCACUUGAGGAGCUUCCAAGGGAUGUAAUCCAAAAGGGCGCUCAGGCCGUGGUUCAAUACAUGAAUGAUCUCGUGGAGGCAAGAAACACCAAGUCUCAAAGCACAAAACAGAAGAAGAGCUGGGUCGACAGUAUCUGCUUCCUCUGCAAGUCAACCAACUAGACAACAACAACACGAAGAUCCUUUAAACCACUCUUGACAAAAAAAAAGUCUGACCUUUUAUCAUCAGGUAGAUUUGUGUCUCACCGCUUUAUGAAAGCUCAAACAAAGAACCCCAAAUGUAUACUUUGUAUUCGUUCAUACCUGACUGGUUUCCUGAGGUAAAUGUAAUUCAAAUUCGUAAUCUCAAAAGUGAUUGUAUUCUUGUUCCUCUUAAUGUAAUUCAAUUCUUGUUUCCUUUUGAUUUUACUAAAACCCUCUGCAUACA